AUGGCGUUCGACGAACUAAGAGGUCGGCUAGGCAGGUCAUUUGAAAAGAUGCGUGAAACAAGUAAGAUGGACGAGAUGAUGCUGAAUAGUUUCUUGAAAGAGAUCACAUGCACUUUGCUUGACGCAGAUUUUCCUAAAUUGGCCCUGACUGAGAUUGAGAGACAAAGCCAGGAUAUUAUAAAUCUCCCUGCCUCAUCCAACAAGGGCAAACUAAUCUACGAGAUUAUUUUAACUGAGCUAGUUAGUAAGCUUGAUCCGGGAAGAUCUGCUCUCUUUCUUGUUAAGAGUGAACCUAGCAUAGUCAUGUUCAUCGGCUUACGAGGUGUUGGAACGACCAAAACGUGUGCAAAGUAUGCUCGUUACCACCGGAAGAAAGGAUUCAGACCAGCUUUAGUGUGUGCUGAUACUUUCAACACCAAUGCUUUUUUCCGGCUCAAGAAAGUUGCCAAAUAUGAGGUUCCAGUUUACGGAAGUUACACGACAGAUCCUGCAGAACUUGCCGCUGAAGGAAUUGCAAAGUUCAAGAACGAAAAGCGUGACCUAAUAAUUGUAGACACCAGUGACCGGCAUCAACAGUAUUCUACAUUGUUUGAAGAGAUGCGCUUAUUAUCCGAAUCAAUGAAUCCAGAUCUUAUUGUAUAUGUCAUGGAUAGCAGUAUUGGUCAAGCUGCAUUUGACCAAGCUCAAGCAUUCAAGCAAAGUUUCACUCGUGGAGUUGUCAUUGUUGCUAAUAUAAACUGCAACUCUAAAUCCUGUGGUGCUAUCAGCGCUGUUGCAGCAGCAAAAUGUCCCAUGAUACUAACUGAAACGGGAGAGAAGAAUAGUGAAGAGUUUGAAGCAUUUGAAGCUAAACCUUUUGUGAGGCGUCUCUUGGAAAAUCCAUGGGAUAAGCCCCAAGAAUAUACUUUGAGACAAAUGUAUAGACAUUAUAGGAGAGAAUUAGGAUUGGAGAAAAAGUUGCUUUUCGGGUAUGUUCGACCUACCUGUUCGAAGCUAGAACAGGAGAAGAUGAGGCGGUACACGACAAUAAUGGAAUCCAUGACAGAUGAAGAGCUUGAUAAACCAAACCUAGUAAAGCAAAUGAGCGAGGAACGGAUGAUGGAGAUAGCUGAAGCAUCGAAAGUAGAUGUGCAAAAAGUUGUGCAAAUGAUGAAAAAGUACAAGAUGAAGGCCAAGAGCUAUAUGGAGGUUGAGAUGAGGAUUCGCAAUGAAUCUGGUAGACGAAGGUACACCGUUCCGACGUCUUAGGUGGUCAGGUCUACAAAGUGAACAAAUUAUGUAUAAUGUGCCUUUUGAUUAUUAUUUUUGGAUUCUUAAAUAAGUAUUUGUAUCUUUAUAGGGUCAAAUAUUUUUUCAAUAUUUAUGUUAAACUAGUAAAAUUCUAUUAAGCAUGUGUAUCGGAAUUCUGAGUUGUUAAUAUUAUAGGGUCGAAUA